AUGUUUGGUGUGUCGAGGCCUACUUUCGGUAAUACAGGGGCUUCGCCUUUUGGGCAGCAACAAACAGGGACGUUCGGUCAACCUCAAUCUACGACAAAUGCAUUUGGGUCCAACACCACGAAUAAUGCGCAGUCAGGGUUUGGUGGGUUCGGAAACACCCAACAACAAGCCACACCUUCUCCUUUUGGUAUGUCACAGCAACAACAAAGUAAUAAUGGUCCAUUUGGUCAGGCAACGUCCUCGGUGUCGAAUCCGCCUUCCCUGUUCAAUGGCAACGCAGGAGGUCAAGCAGCUGCAGGUGGGACUGGAAUCAAGCCGUUCAGUGCCUAUACGGAAAAAGAUGCGACUACUGGUGUCAACAAUGCAUUCCAGUCGAUUUCGUGCAUGCCAGAGUAUAAGAACUAUUCGUUUGAAGAGUUAAGAUUCCAGGACUAUAAAGCGAACAACAAGUAUGGUCAAGGGGGAACAGGCGCCGGGGGGAACGUUGCUUCGUCUUUUGGGGCACAAUCAAACAGUUCCCCUUUUGGUACUAACAAUCAAGCAUCUUUUGGUGUAGGAAACGCUAAUGCUUCCUCGACAGGAGGGUUCUUUGGCCAAGCCAAUACCAAUACGGCAAGCUCUCCCUUCAAUCAGAAUACCACUAGCAAUGCAUUUGGCCAGGCUACUGCGAACUCGCCUUUUGUUCAGACCAGUACGAAUGCUUUUGGUCAAGGUGCAGCUGGGGCUAGUAGUUCACCGUUUGGUCAGGGCAAUGCUGCAGCUAACUCUCCUUUUGGCUUAAAGACCGCCACCACAACAGGUGCUGGCGGUGGCGGUGGGUUAUUUGGACAAAAUAACACGAGCGCUACAUUUGGACAGAAUGCCACUACUAGCGGCGGCUUAUUUGGCCAAAGUGGCAAUGCCAAUAAUGCUUCACCAUUUGGCCAAUCUAGUACGUUUAAUCAGGCGGCUAAUACGUCUGCUGGCGGCUUAUUUGGUCAAAAUAAUAAUCAGCAACAGCAACAGCCUGGCAGCAUGUUUGCCUCUAGUAACAAUCAACAGUCUGGUGGGUUGUUUGGCCAAAAUAAUACUCAACAGCAGAGCACAGGCUUGUUUGGCAAUGCUAACAGUGCUACCGCCACUUUUGGCCAAAGUAAUACCUCUGGGUUAUUCAACAAGCCUACUACAGCGGGCGGCUUGUUCGGUCAAAGCGGCACCCAGCCACAACAGCAGGGUGGCGGACUCUUUGGACAAAAUAAUACAAACACUGUAUUUGGCCAAGGUAAUCCGUCAUCUGGUGGCUUAUUUGGGCAAACUCAGCAAGCUCAACCUCCACAAGCAGGAGGCCCUAGUGGUGCUGGUGCUGGUGCUGGUGCUGGCAUUUUUGGACAGAACACCCAGCAGGGUAGUCUCUUCGGUCAAAGUAAUAACACGCAGCAGCCGCAACAACAGCAGCAACAACCACAACAAGGUGGUCUCUUUGUACAAAACGGCCAACAACAGCAAGGUGGCUUGUUUGGCCAAAAUAGUGGAAGUAAUAGCUUUAGGCAAACCAGUAAUGCCGCUGCAGGUGGGAUUUUUGGAAGCAAACCCCCUGCAACUGGCGGCUUAUUUGGCCAGAAUACAGUUGGUGGCAAUAGAUUUGGUCAACCCACUACUAACAAUACCAAUACAGGCGGGUUAUUCGGUCAGAAUAAUGCCCAGCAGCAGAGUGGAGGUAUGUUUGGGUCUAAUAAUACCCAACAACCGUCUGGAGGGUUGUUUGGACAAAAUAGCAAUGCUCAGCAACAGCCAGGCAGCGGUUUGUUCGGACAAAACAACAAUACUCAGCAACUAGGAGGAGGACUAUUUGGUCAGAAUAACAAUCAGCAACAGGGUGGUGGGAUGUUUGGUUCCAAGCCUACAGGUACGUCGACUGGAGGUUUGUUUAGUGGGGGUAACAAUGCACCUGCUGCUGGCGGUUUGUUUGGCAACAACAAUCAACAGCAGCAGCAGCAGCAGCAAGGCGGUGGCUUGUUUGGCAAUAAUACUGCUCAGUCGGGUGCAAUUGCUGGAGGCUUGUUUGGGAACAAAACUCUGAACAACAAUACAGGUGCAGGAUUAUUUGGUAACAAUUCUUCAUCGCAGACUAACAAUACCGGAGUUGGUUUAUUUGGCAGCACUAAUAAUGUCAAUGCCAAUUCCAAUUCCGGUUCUGGUGGUCUGUUCACUCCCAAACCUCUUAACGCCUCAUCCUCUAGUGCUACAGGUAGUUUGUUUGGAUCAAAACCGUCCGGAACUUCUACUGUGGGCGCUACGGGUGGUGGACUUUUUAGUUCAAAGCCUGGAGUGGCAACUAGCUCUGGUCUUUUUGGACCAAAGGCUCCUGGUUCCACCACCAAUGGACUGUUUGGAAAUACCAAUUCAUCAUCAACGGGAUCAAACAUUGCUAAUCUUCAACAACCUGUGGGGAAUUCUGUGUCCUCUGCCCAACAAGGAAAUAACCCAUAUGGUACCAAUGAACUCUUUUCGCGAGUUAUUAUCCCAAAUUCAUUUACACAACCCUCAAAGCCAAGCGCUACAAAAAUUAACGCUGACAACAAGAAGAAAGCUUCUUUGACUAGUGCAUACAGACUCGCUCCAAAGCCACUAUUUAGCCCGAAGUCCAAAGCUAACGGCACUGCUGCGCGCUCUGGAAACAACAUUAUGAGCAGAAAAGUCUCCUCCAUGUCGUCUUCACAAGAGUCCACCAGAGAGUUAGUUCCGACUUCUACCGGUUCUUCCACUGUGUUUACUAAUGAGACAGAUGAAAUCAUCUUAUCUUCCACUAAUAGGCUUUUUAACCCGGACAAGAAAUCAUUCAAAAACCUAAUAUUGAACAGGAAAAAAAUGGAAGACGCCGCCGGUGUGGGAAAUGAUGGAAACGAGGAGCCAAAGAGAAUUACUUUUGCGCCCGCACUUGCUAGCGAGAAAGAGACCUCCCAAAGUAAGGAGUCCAAUUUCUUUGAAACCGUACAUGAUACACCCGCGGCCGCAAAAGAAAACAAGAAGCCAUCCUAUAUAUUUAAUGGUACUAACCUGCCUAUAAUGCAGGCAAAUACCGCCGUGGAGGAAAAGAAAGAUAUUGUGAAACCUUCCGGUUUUGUCGGGGACGAUCUUUCUUUCAUUGAAGAUGGAUACUAUAUAUCUCCUUCCCUGGAGACCUUGUCAUCGAUGACGUUGUUACAGCUUCGGAAAGUAUCUGGCCUAGUUGUGGGUCAAAAUGAUUACGGGAAGAUCGAGUUUUUAGCCCCUGUCGACUUGUCCAAUAUUUCUCUGCCCACGAUUUGCGGCAACUUGGUCCGUUUUGCGGAGAAGGUAUGUGAGGUCAGCUACGUCGGCAAUAUUGCCCCUCCGCCAGGCGACCAAUUAAAUGUUCGCGCCCGCAUAACGCUUCACAGCACUUAUCCAACUGACAAGGCAACCAGACAGCCAAUUAAGGAUCCUAAACAUCCCAUAUUGAAGAGACACAUUGAAAAGUUGAAGAAGAUCGAGCACACAAAGUUCGAAUCUUACGAUGUGAAGACAGGGAGUUACAUCUUCAUUGUUGAAACUCCUGUUGCAUAA